AUGGUAAAUACUGGUAUCGGUAAUAUUCUACUUGAGUGUGGCUCUAUAAAUAAGAGGAUAUCCGAAACGAUCGGUUCGAUGGGCAAUUGUAUAAAGCCUGUCGAUCCUUUGGUUGCUUCUCUUCCGAGAGGCAUCACUGUCGAUGGUUCGCCGAUUAAGGAAUCGGGAGUGCCGAUCAUUUUUGUAAUUGGAGCACCCGGAUCUGGAAAAAAAACAUUAUGCACGAAAGUCGCUCAAAAGUAUGGUUUCCACGGCAUAAUAACCUCGGAAAUUCUUCGAAGCGAGGUGUCCAAGCGGACAGACCGAGCGUUCGUGUUGGCGCGUUUGAUAUCGCAGGGUCGAUUGGUGCCUUCGGAUAUACUGAUUGAAUUGAUCACGGUGAAGAUGCUCGAUCAGUUGCAGGAUGGAAAAGGGUUCAUUGUGAGUGGAUUUCCGCGGGAGAAACAGCAGUGCAAAAUAUUCGACAGAGAGAUACGACCACCGGAUCUCGUCUUAUUCCUCGACGUACGAAAUUCUGUCUUGUCCGAUCGAAUAAUGGCCAGAAGUGUGAAAACCACCGAACGAAUGUCCAUCAGCUUCGACAAUAUCAGAAUUCAGAUCAAAGAGUUCAAAAAACAAAACAAACCUGUAAUUAAGCAUUACCAGAAUCUGUUAGUGGUGAUUGACGGGGAAUACGACGUGAUGACUGUGUUCAAGAAUAUUUGCAAAGUGAUCGACGAUGUUUUAUUCAAUUUCAGUAAGAAUUCUGCGACCACGUCAGCUGAUAACAGUUAA